AUGGCGACGGUGGCGGCUGGGGCCGCGGCCGCGGAGCCCGAGCCCAGGGUGGGCCCCGGAGCCGACGGGGAGGAGGCGGCCGGGGCGCAGAGGCAAGCGCUGCCGCGGGCGGCGGCCGCGACCGUCGGGCCGGAGGAGGACUCGAGCGGGAGCGACGGGGACGCGGAGGACGCCAUGGCCUCGUCGGCCGACAGCUCGCCCGGGGAGGACGAGUGGGAGUUGGACGACGAGGAGGAGAAGAACCAGCUGGAGAUCGAGCGGCUGGAAGAGCAGCUAUCCAUCAAUGUCUAUGACUACAACUGCCAUGUGGACCUGGUCCGCCUUCUGCGGCUGGAAGGCGAACUCACCAAAGUGAGGGUGGCCCGCCAGAAGAUGAGUGAGAUCUUUCCUCUGACCGAAGAGCUCUGGCUGGAGUGGCUGCAUGACGAGAUCAGCAUGGCCCUGGAUGAAUCUGACCGGGAAAGUGUGUACGAGCUCUUUGAGAAGGCUGUCAAGGACUACAUCUGUCCUAACAUUUGGCUCGAGUACGGACAGUACUCGGUUGGCGGGAUCGGCCAGGAUGGAGGUCUGGAGAAGGUCCGCUCGGUGUUCGAGAGGGCGCUGUCGCACGUUGGCCUGCAUAUAACCAAAGGGCUGGCCAUCUGGGAGGCUUACCGGGAGUUUGAAAGUGCCAUCGCGGAAGUUGCCCGGCCCCUAGCUGACUUCCUUUCCCCUCUUGACCGGGAACAAACCUUUGCUUCACAGCUUGAUAAGGUGGACAUGCUCUUCCGGCGGCAGCUGGCCAUCCCCCUCUAUGACAUGGAGGCCACGUUUGCGGAGUACGAAGAGUGGUUGGAAGACCCAGUCCCAGAGACGGUGGUUCAGAGCUACAACAAAGCACUGCAGCAGCUGGAGAAGUACAAGCCCUAUGAGGAAGCACUGUUGAGUGCAGAAGCUCCCCGGCUGGCUGAGUACCAGGCGUACAUCGACUUUGAGAUGAAAAUUGGCGACCCCGCACGCAUCCAGCUUAUCUUCGAGCGAGCCCUCGUGGAGAACUGCCUGGUGCCCGACCUGUGGAUCCGCUACAGUCAGUACCUAGAUCGGCAGCUGAAAGUUCGAGAGCUAGUCCUGUCAGCACACAGCCGCGCCGUGAGGAACUGUCCCUGGACUGUUUCCCUAUGGAGUCGCUACCUCUUGGCCAUGGAGAGACAUGGAGUCGAUCAUCGGGUGAUUUCCGCGACCUUUGAGAAAGCUCUGAGUGCUGGCUUCAUUCAGGCCACAGACUACGUGGAGAUCUGGCAGACAUACCUGGACUACUUGAGGAGGAGAGUGGAUUUCAAGCAAGACUCGAGUCAGGAGCUAGAGGAGCUGAGGGCCGCCUUUGCCCGUGCUCUGGACUACCUGAAGCAGGAGGUGGAGGAGCGCUUUAAUGAGAGUGGCGAUCCCAGUUGCAUGAUCAUGCAGAACUGGGCUAGGAUUGAGGCACGACUCUGCAGUAACAUGCAGAAAGCUCGGGAGCUCUGGGACAGCAUCAUGACCAAAGGAAAUGCCAAAUUUGCUAACAUGUGGCUUGAAUAUUACAACCUGGAAAGGGCCCAUGGCGACACGCAGCACUGCCGGAAGGCCCUGCACCGGGCUGUACAGUGCACCAGCGACUACCCAGAGCACGUCUGUGAGGUGCUGCUCACCAUGGAACGGACAGAAGGAACUUUAGAAGAUUGGGAUAUAGCCGUCCAGAAGACGGAAACUCGACUAGCUCGCAUUAAUGAGCAGAGACUGAAGGCCGCGGAGAAGGAAGCAGCCCUGGCUCAGCAAGAGGAAGAAAGGGCAGAACAGCAGAAGCAGGCUCGGGCUGAGAAGAAAUUACUGAAAAGGAAGAAGAAGACCAGAGGUGUGGAGCAGCGGAGAGCGGAGGAGGAUGACGAAAAAGAGUGGGGUGAUGAUGAAGAAGAGCAGCUGAGCAAACGCAGACGGGUGGAGAACAGCGUGGCCCCCGAUGGAGUGGCCCAGGACUUGGAGGCAGAGACGGGGCUCUUUGGGCGGGCUCCCUCUGGGGACACCAACACCCCCGCCAAGCAGAAGCGGGACCUGCCCAAGGUGGCGCACGACAGCACUAAGGACAGCAUCACCGUCUUCGUCAGCAACUUGCCUUACAGCAUGGGGGAGCCGGAAGCCAAGCUGCGGCCGCUUUUUGAGGCCAUUGGGGAGGUGACGGAGAUCCGCCCCAUCUUCAGCAACCGCGGUGACUUCCGAGGCUACUGCUACGUGGAGUUCAAGGAGGAGCGGUCGGCCCUGCAGGCAUUGGCCUUGGACCGGAAGCACGUGGAAGGGAGGCCCAUGUUUGUGUCCCCCUGUGUGGAUAAGAGCAAAAAUCCCAAUUUUAAGAUGUUCCGGUAUAGUACCGCUCUGGAGAAACACAAGCUCUUUAUCUCGGGCUUGCCCUUCUCCUGCACGAAAGAGGAACUCGAGGACCUGUGUAAGGAGCAUGGUACCGUGAAGGACAUCCGGCUGGUUACCAACCGGGCUGGCAAGCCCAAGGGCCUCGCUUAUGUGGAGUACGAAAGUGAAUCCCAGGCCUCACAGGCUGUCUUGAAGAUGGAUGGCACGACCAUCAAGGACAACGUCAUCAAGGUGGCCAUCAGCAAUCCCCCCCAGAGGAAGGCCCCAGAGAAGCCCGAGGCCAGGAAGGGCCCCACUGGCCCCAUGGUGCCACGGCAGAUGUAUGGAGCGCGGGGGAAGGGACGGACCCAGCUUGCCCUGCUGCCCCGAGCUCUGCAACGGCCCAGCACAGCGGCUCUUCAGAAGGAGAAUGGCCCAGCCCCUCCACCCCCGGGACCUGCCUCGGGACCCCCUGAGGCCCCCAAGAUGUCCAAUGCCGACUUUGCCAAGUUGCUCCUGAGAAAGUGAACAAGGACGGCCCUAAGAGAAGAAAGAGAUGCCUUACUGGGUGCUGGCCAGGAAGAACUCCAGCGCCUUGCUCUGCCCUGGGUACGGAAGGAAGGAAGGAAGGCCCAGGCGUGCCCUGUCCCACUGGCUUCUUCUGGCUCAGUCAGAGCAGAAAGGGCAUCCAGGGAAGCGACUUUUGACUCCCUCAUAUUGAGGGGAACAUGACUUUGCGGGGUGGGCAGGGGGCUACUUGCCUGGGAUGCUCCUGCUUUUCAAGAAUGCAGAAACAGAGGUACUACUUGGCCACAUUUUUGAGACCCACUUCCAGAUGCUCUCGGCCACCUGUGGCCCCUUUUUAUAAGACAUUUCUCUUGCACCCUUUGAGUUCUUAAAGGACAAAAGGGCAGAUGUUAGCAAUUCACCAGAAUGGCCUGUUUUGGUAAAGGGGUGGGGCUUGGGGAGGUCCCAUAACUCCAUGCGAUAAAAUUUUCGUUCCAGGGGG